CCAGAUUUCCCGCGCUGGGUUCGGACGCGGGUCUGCAGUAUCAACAGGAGCCACAGUGUUUUCAGACGGUGAAUAAUGCCGACCUCCGACUACGAUCCAGCCUGUUUACCAGACCUGCUGCCCCUCUAUUACCGACGACUCUUCCCUUUCUCACAGUACUACCGGUGGCUGAGCUACGGCGGCGUGGCCAAGAACUACUUCCAGAACCGUGAGUUCUCUUUCACCCUCAAAGAUGACAUCUACGUUCGGUAUCAGUCUUUCAGCACACAGAACGAACUGGAGAAGGAGAUGCAAAAGAUGAACCCAUACAAGAUCGACAUUGGAGCAGUCUACAGCCACAGGCCCAGUCAGCACAACACAGUGAAGUCCGGGACGUUCCAGGCCCUGGAGAAGGAACUGGUGUUUGAUAUUGAUAUGACUGACUAUGAUGAUGUCAGAAGCUGCUGCAGUGCUGCAGAUAUUUGCUCUAAAUGUUGGACUCUGAUGACCAUUGCAAUUCGAAUUCUAGAUCGGGCACUGAGAGAGGACUUUGGCUUCCAGCACCUUCUGUGGGUCUACUCAGGGAGGAGAGGCGUCCACUGCUGGGUGUGUGAUGAAGCUGCCAGGAAACUCUCAGUGGCUGCUCGUUCAGCUGUGGCCGAGUACCUCAGUUUAGUCAAGGGUGGUGAGGAGACUGUGAAGAAAGUUGUGCUGUCAGACCCAAUUCAUCCCUUUAUCAGCCAGUCUCUCUCUGUGGUGGAGCACUACUUCCCUCAGUAUGCUAUUGUGGGACAGGACCUGCUGAGCAGUAAGGAGAGUGUGGACAAGGUGCUCAGCCUGCUUCCAGAAGAUAUCAGGAAGGACCUGCUUAAUCUUUAUCAGACUGAGAAGAACCCAUCAAAGCGCUGGGACAAACUGAAGGCUAUGGUGCAUCAGAAAAGGGCCACCAGUAAGAAGGGCGGUCAGUACUUUGAUAAGGAGAUCAUGCUGCAGUACUGUUACCCACGCUUGGAUGUCAACGUCAGCAAAGGAGUCAACCAUUUACUGAAGAGUCCGUUUAGUGUCCAUCCUAAAACGGGUCGAAUUUCUGUACCAAUUGACCUAAGAAAUCUGGACAAAUUUGACCCUUUCGAGGUGCCUACAAUAAGCCUUAUAUGUGAAGAGCUGGACAAGCCCAGAACUGGGGAGGAAGAGGAGGAUGAUACAAAGGAUAAAGAGAACGAAACGGAAGCUAGCGAACGGCGUAAAAUCCGAGACUACAAGCGUACUAGUCUUGCCAAGUACAUAAAGCUGUUUGAUCAGUUUCUGGAUGCGAUGGCUCGCUCUAGGAAAGGAGAGAUGCUGAAAAAAAGUGAUCUCCAGAAAGAGUUUUAACUCAUCAGUGACGCCUCAUGACCAUCAUAGCAAUGUCAAAUCAGCAGAAGAGGAAUAAAGGAGGAUUUUGGAUUGUCGGCUCUAGAUCACUCUCCUGUGUUCUGUUUGAUCCUAACUGUUUUCCCCGCCUGUGCGAUUUAGCAGUGACUGGAUUUGUCAGACUUAAGUGAUGUUUCCAUUGCAGAUGUUUUAAAGUUGAGAGGCAAGCUUUAGAAGGACCAGAGAAGGGUGGGCAAGUUUUUUCAAAGAGAUACAUUACUUAAUUUCUUAUAUCUUAAAACUCUCAUCAGAUUUUGUACAUUACAUAUUGUAAUUCUUGAGGCCUGGAAGACUUACUUUUUGUACCAGUUGACAGAAGCACUGUAUAUUUACUUUGAACUUUCAUGUUUAAUAUUGUUAAUAAAAAAGGUUGUUCUGCAA